CACCUUUACAAAAACUCAAUUCUUUUGGCUGAAAGUAUCAGUGUUUAAUUUUGCAACAUAUUUCAUAGAAUUCGAAGCUGUGAUUAUUUCUUCAUGUACAAGGCCCUUUUGAUUUCAUGAUCGGAUGCUUAAGGUGGGGGUUGAGACAAUGGUAUUGGCAACCCAGCAAUUGCAGGAUUCAAAUGUAGCAUUUCCUUCUAGGACCUUCCCAUGGAGCAAAAGAUUAAUGUUAAAGAGACAUGUAACGAUUUGUAUGGUUGGAAGGAAAGACAAGGGUACAUCAGUAAAUCACAAUAUUUCUUUGAGGUGAUUUAUGUCUCUCUUUAAGUGUACUUGCUUCUUUUGUUUGAGCAGUUAGUUCUUGAACUUUGUGGUUGCAUUGCACCAUUCUGCUUAUGUCCUUGAAAAGUUGAAAGUUGAAAUUCUUCCUUUUGAAUCUUAUGUGUAUUGAAUGCAUAGAUUCAGUCUAGCUUAUUUCUGCAGUGUAGGGAUUUCUUGUAUUCGUGCAGUGAAAGUAAAAAAUUUAAAAGUUUUAGCCUUCAAAGGCAGUCCCCAGGAUGAUGAAUCAGGAGGCAGAGCAAGUGGAUCAAAUGCACCUAAGAAUUCUGCUAAACUUUCUUAUGUUCCAAAGGGUGAAGAGACCAUAGUGGAAUCUCCAAAGGCUCAUAACCAGCCAGUUGUCUAUGCCUCUGAAGCCAAUGAGGCAAUUGUAGGAUCUCUUGCCAUUCAAAAGUUAUUCCAUAAGUGGUUAAUAAUGUUGCACUCACAGUCAUCUAGGCUGGUGAUGGAUGGAGUUUUGGGAGAAGAAUUACCACCUGCAGAGACAGCAGAAACUUAUGUAGAGACCCAAAGCAAUAAAGUUGGGGUUCUAAAGGCAGUUUGGCACUGGUUCUGGGGUCUGGAUUCAACAAUAAGAAUGCCUUUACUGAUAUUGUAAGUACUUUUUUAUAAAGUACAAUUUACUAAUACUAGCUAUUAAAAGGCAUUUACAGUCACUCUGCCAAGUUUUCCUUGGUUAUUGUUUCUUAUUUUGUUCUUGCCUAUAAAAAAUAUUUUAGCUCUAAGGUUUUCUGCUACGUCAAUUAUUUGAGCUAUACUAUACAGCCUAGAUUUUAUUA